GCGUCUGAGACGUGACUUUUGCGCCAGUCGACUGUUUCCUGUGCUGUCAGUCAGUUCAGCGGCGUUUGUUGUUUGAGUGAUCAGUUUCGUGGUCCGGAGCCCCACAGGGUCGAUGUGGCGCUCCGCUGAUGUGAGCAGUUCAAUGUGCGCUGAGUGCUGAGUGGUUUUGUGCUGUCGCUGACAUGCUCGGCGUGUUCAAGCGUCGCUGGAAGCCGAAAAGGACCAGCGGAAGUGCCCGAAUCGCGUCCGAGUCCAGCCAGGAGCCUGACAGGCCGCGUUCGACCCACCAGGUGCAUCCCGUGCUGGACGCGCGCCAUCUGGUGGGCUACGAGAAAGACGGCGACACGCCGCCCCCACCGCCCCCCAGGUGUCUCCCUCUAGCGCCCAACAUCUGCGUCGAGGCGGGGCGCAUUCAGUUCGUGCGCCAGGAGGCGGAGGCGCCCCCCGCGCGGGUCACCCGCGGCCUGCAGACUGACGAGCAGGAGGAUUUGGCGCGUGUCCAGACCUACUUGGAGGGGCGCAUUGUCGAACUGGAGUUGGCGCUGGAGGCGGCUCAGAAGGGGGAGCUGCGCGACCGCCAAACGAUCAGCAAGCUGAGCAAGCAGCUGAGCCGGCGAGAUUCGGCGCAGCGGGAUGCGGACCGUGAGCGCAGGCUGCGCAUCGACAGCGACUCGCGCGCCAGGCAGGCGGCUCAGGAGGCGGCGUGCUGCCGCUCGCGCCUCAAGCUGCUCACGCAGGAGUUUGCCAGAAUGGAGGAGACCGUCAGGGCCAUGUUGGCCUUUAAGAAGCAGGCGGAGCAGUUGCGGCAGGAGAAGGCCGCGUUGACUGUGGCCUUUGAGAACCGCUGCCAGCAGUACCAGAGCACCAUCUCGCGGCUGAACUUGGAAAUAACCGGGCUGAGACAGCGGCUGGAGGAGGCGGGCCGGGGCGCGCCCACCGAGGGCGUGCUGCAGGCGCACGCGGCGGCGCUGCGCAGCACGCGCCAAUACGAGCGCUGCUUGGACGACGUGGCCAAUCAGGUGGUGAAGGCGCUGCUGGCGCAGAAGGGCCUCAGAGAGGAGGUGGGGUGCCUGAAUGGGCGCAUCGAGGAACUGGAGGCGCAGAACCGCGCGCUCACCUCGAUGCUGAUGCAUCAGCUGCGCGAGGAGCCGCCCGAUCAGGAGUCGGGGCCUGCGGCGCAGCUCUGCACCUCGCUCAACUCGGAUGUGGAGGACAAUUGUGAUAAACUGGUGCUGGCGGGCGACGCGCGCUUCUCCCUGGCGGACAAGAAGCGGCACCAGAUGCUGACGCAGCUGUGGACCGAGUUGCGGGGCGGCGACGUGACGCCCAAGCGGCUGCUGGAGGCGCUGGGCGCCGUCGACUCGGCGCUGUGGGUGCCGCCCGCGCGCCCCAUGUCCCUCAACCUGCAGCUGGCGGGGCGGCUGCGCCGCGCCCGCCCCGUGCUGGCGCAGUCGAGCUCGCGCAGCGAGGACGAGUCGCCCGAGAGCGGCAACCGCGACGAGGGCUACUCCACCAUGUCGUCCGAUGUGCAGGCGGACAUGACGCGCACCUCCAACGACGCCACGUUGCCGCAUCGCAGCCUGGAGGACCUGAAGGAGGCGAGCGACGAAACCGAUCUGUCCACCGAUUUGUCGGCGCGCCCCGACGUCCUCUACAUUCCGCUCGACCUGCUCAGCCUCAAGCAACGGAACAGCUUCCCGCCCUGCAGGGACAUGCUGCCGUUCCAGAGCGUGAUGCGCAGCCUCUCGGACUCCCACCUCUGCUUGAAGAUCACGGCGGCGCCCACCCCCAGUUGCGCGUGGGCGUCGCCGCUCUCCAGCAGCCCCUCCAUCUUCCUGCUGGACCUGACGGAGAAGCGGCUGAACCCGCUGAGGCGCGCGCGCGCCUCCAGCGCGCUCUGGGGGACGCCCGAGGAGCGGCUGGAGUGCACCGCGUGGGACGCCGAGUACAUCCAGCAGUGGCUGCGCCUGGACGACGCGCCCAAGGACGUGCUCGAGCUGGAGUACGACCGCGCCGAGCUGGAGGACUGGAGCCUCAGCCUCUCCUCCGACGAGCUGCGCGAGCACUGGAGGCGCCUGGACGCGCCCACCCCAGGGCAGAUCUCGGUGGCGACGUUGCCGAGCAUCCAGGAGAACAACGCGCUGGAGCUGGAGGAGGACGCCAACGAGUGCCUGUGGAACGACUCCAGCUACAUGAUGGACAAGGAGGGGCGCGAGCUCGUCACGCUGCUGAUGGACGGGGCGCACGGCGCCCACCAGCAGUGGCCCUACGCGGCCAAUGGGGCGCCCUCGC